AGGAAAAUGACUUUUCUGCAUAGUUAAUUGUGGAGAUAAUGCAAAAGCCCAUGCCUGUUCAUCCCGAUUAUAAAAAUAGUACACAUGGGUAGUGCACCGUGACUGACAGCUCUGUAUCUCCACGCCUCAACAUGGAUGAACAGAAUAUUCAACUAACAGUUCACGCAAAGGAACGAAUGUGAUGGGUGCCGAUGGUAGCAAAAACAGUAAGUACACAGGGUCAGAGGAGCAGUCGCACACAUCCGGAUGGAGGGGGUUUCUUUCCACUGUGGGUAUUUCUCUCCCUUUGGCUCUCUUCCGCAUCAACCCACAACGAAUCGGGUCACAACGAAUGAUUUAUGACAAGGAGCCAUCCAUCCCUGAGCACUUGCUCUCCUCAAUGCCUUGUCCUGAGAAACUCCGUAUGGAAUGGAGUCUGCCGAGCUUUAUCAACAUGUUUCUGCCUGAGUUUCCCCACCGCAACAUCCCAGGACAUGAACAUUUUCAGAUCCUGGGUUACAUAGCCAAAGGAUCUUUUGGUCCAAUUUUAAAGGUGAAGGAUAAGUCAAAGCAAAAGACCUAUGCAGUUAAGGUUAUUCCAAAGUCUGAGAUUCUACGCUUGGGAGUGUUGGAGCAAUCUAAAGAGGAAGUAAUAGUCCAGCGUCAGGUUCGCCACCCUUUUGUCCAUGACCUGCAGGACUGCUGGCAGACCCAGCGGCACAUCUACAUUAUGUGUGAUUACUGCAGUACAGGGGACUUGUACACAUACUGGGUUAUGAUUGGUCAGUUUGAAGAAGAUGUGGUGAAAGUGUUUGCAGCUGAAUUGGGUUCUGCAGUAGGGUUCCUCCAUGAUUGUGGAAUCAUCCACCGUGAUGUGAAGAUGGAGAAUGUCCUGCUUACUGAUCAAGGCCAUCUACGGUUGGCUGAUUUUGGUUUGUCUCGACGUCUUGAGUGUGGAGGGAGGGCAUUCACUAUUUGUGGAACAAUCCAAUACAUGGCUCCUGAAGUCCUUAGCGGUGGCCCCUACAGCCACGCUGCUGAUUGGUGGUCUCUCGGCAUCCUCAUCUUUGCAUUGGCCACAGGCAAGUUUCCUGUGUCUCCAGAGCCAGAUCACUGUAGCAUGCUGAGGAGGGUACGUUGCUUCCCUUAUGAAAUGCCAAAAAACUUCUCUCCUGCUUUUGCUCUCCUACUUACAGAGAUUCUUUGUAAGACUCCAACACGUCGCCUUCGGACACUGGACCGCUUCAAACGGCAAACCUUUUUCCACGGCACAUCGUUUGAUUCCCAUCUGCUUCAAAAGACCCCCAUGGAGCUGAUCCUGGAGCUGAAGAACCGCCCUGACCGUCCUGCUAAAGCCCGUCGAGGCCUGACCCUGGAACCCUUCCCGAACUUUGACUGCGACUUCCUCUUAAACUCACCGUGCACACCCACAGCUCCAGAUCUGUCCCCGACUCUUGCCAACAUGCAAAGGCAUGUACCUCAGGACGAUGCUUCCAUAAGAGAGGUGUUUGUUUAAGGACCAGAGAGGAAAAUGCCAGUUAUUGCUUUGUGAAUUACUGUAAGACAGUUUAUUUAGGAGUUAGAAUGUCACAUUUAUGUAAGAUCAAAGAGUCAAAGAUUAAACACUUUAGAAGCAUGUGGGGAAAGAUGGAAACGCUAAUAGGGUUUUGAAGUGUAUUUCUCUUUUAUUGAGACAGUCUUGCAUUACAUUUACAUCCUUACAUUUUGUUUAGACAUUUGGUGAAAUGCGGUUCAUAGUUCUUCAUGUCCUUUGACAAUAUUUGACUGUUUUGUCAUCAUUAAUAAGCCAAUAGUGGAUUUCUUUUCAACAGAUACAGUACCAUAAAUGAAAUUCUUUCCAGAUUAUAAGGAAAAGCAACAUCAAAAUCUCAGGGACAUAUUUUAAUCCUAAAGCAGUCAUUGUUCAUGUGUGAAAUGGUAAUAUCCAAAAAGUGGCUACCUAUAGCUUUAUAUGACAUUGUAUGCUCAGAACUGUGUAUUUUCACAGGUAAUUUGCAUUACGCACUUUUCCCAUGUGUUUAUUGCUGUUGCUGGUUGAAUAUAUUUUUUUUAAAAGAUUGAGUUAUGACUGACAAAGGAUAUGAUACAUACUGUGGAAGUUUUUGUCCUGAAAGAUACUGAAGAAUGAGCUCAAGCAUGUAGAAAAAUGUUUGUUUUGUACAUUAAAUGUAAUUUAUAAGAAGCAGCAUGGUUAUACAGCAUGUUAUCCUAAUGACUUUAUUGUUAAUACUGUUAUUUUAACCACUGCUGAGGGCCUGUGGAUCUAUGCUCAUGUAUAUAUUAAUAACCUUGUCUUCCUGAGAUGAUAAUUCUUAUUUUUGACACCAACGAUCCUUCAUUCAAAUCUAAGCAAAGAAAAUGAAAAUAAGUAUUGUGUAUUUUUCCCCCCAGAUGUAUUCAUCAAACAACCAUUAAAAAUACAUCCACAAGUGUCA